AUGGGUACAGUUACAGAUGCCCGACGUGUUUUGGUGAUUGGUGCAGGAGCAGCUGGGCUUCUUAUUGCUCAAGUGCUAAAGAAGCAUGCUGUGCCAUGCAGAGUCUUUGAACAGGAUACAAAAGCCGAUGCCCGACCACGAGACUGGAAUUAUGGAAUAUAUUGGGCACAAUCGCACCUGGCUGAGUGCCUCCCCCCGGAACUGACCAGUCAGCUGCAAUCAGCCCAAGUUGACUCGCACACACCGUCAGAGAGUGAUUUCCUGCCUAUAUUUAACGCGGCGACUGGAGAGCGUCUCAUUUCAGUGCCCGCACCGUAUAGCUUCCGUUUACAGAGGAGGAAAUUUCUCAACCUGAUCUCGACCGGCCUUGAUAUUCAGUAUGGAAAACGCCUAACUACGGUCAACUCUGACAAUCAGACGGUGACUGCAACCUUUGAAGAUGGUGGCCAGGAAAGCGGAAAUUUACUGAUCGGCACAGAGGGUGCUCACUCUCGCGUUCGUGAAUAUCUACUAGGCAAGGAAAGGGCUGCAUUAAUUCCCUCUCGCAUUGUGGCCUCAGCUACAAUCUCACAUCUUCCGGAGCAGCAGGUUAAUUCCAUAAGAAAUAUGCACCCGAGAUACUGUAUUGCAUUUCAUCCCGAUGGCUACUUUACCUGGUUUGGCAUCCAUAAUGAGGCCGCAAACCCAGAAGACUGCCUAUUCAUGAUCCUCUUAUCAUGGGUUUCGGAAUCAGAAACCGGUCUAUCAGCCACAACCAUCGCGGCCGAUAUAAAGAAAAAAGCAGACACGUUCGGUGAGCCAUUUCGGACAAUUCUGAAGUCUAUUCCCAGUGAGACGAAAUUCUGGCACAACAGACUAUCGUCCUGGCCAACACGGCCAUGGGACAAUCGUAAUGGCACAGUUACACUAGCGGGAGAUGCUGCUCAUCCCAUGACUUUCCAUCGUGGACAAGGCCUGAACAACGCGAUCACGGAUGCUGCGUAUUUCAGCCGCCAACUGGCAGAUCUUGAUUCAAAAUCCCCAGGAUCUCUCUCUGCUGCAGUCAGCGCUUUCGAAGAGGAGAUGUGGCAAAGAGGAAACGAGGCAGUGACUCAGUCCAACAUAAAUAGUCUCUCGGUGCAUAGCUGGGAGGAGCUCAAGAACUCCCCACUCUUCACAUCUGGCCUGAAGCAGGGAUCUUCGACCUAG